AUGGAUGUAGACUUUGAUACAUCGCAGGAUGUUUGGGGCAAUAAGGAUUGGGACAUGAAAGGUGAGAGACGAACUGUUGAGGAGAAGGUUGAUAAGAACAUAAGUAAGAAGGUGUCCGAAAACAUAGCAAGACAGCAGAAGGAGUUUUACCUGAGGGAGAAGAUGAAGAUCAUCAAGGAGGAGUUGGGUGAUUCCUCCUCCAAGGAGGUUGAACUAAAGAGAAUAAAGCACAAACUUAAACAUGGAAGAUAUCCUGCACACGUGGCAAGAAAGGCCAAGGAGGAGAUUCAGAGAUUCGAGAUGUGUUCUUCUUACUCAAACGAGGCAACUAUCAUACGGUCUUACCUAGACUGGAUCUUGAAUCUUCCAUGGUUGUAUCUUUCUCAGGAUGAAAUGGAUCUAAACAAGGUGAAGGAGACACUUGACAAGAGCCACUACGGACUGGACAAUAUCAAGCGAAGGAUCAUUGAGUUCCUUGCCGUAAAGAAAAAAUCAUCCAGGGAAUCCGGAACCAUUAUUUGUCUUGUUGGUCCUCCAGGAGUUGGUAAGACAUCUUUGGCCAAAUCAAUCGCGGAGGCGCUCAAUAAGAAGUUUGUGAAGAUAUCUCUUGGGGGACUGUAUGAUGAAUCGGAGCUUAGGGGUCAUCGAAGAACUUAUGUGGCCUCCAUGCCCGGGAAGAUAAUAAGGGCCCUUAGACAGGCGAAGGUUAAGAAUCCAGUUUUUCUUCUUGAUGAGGUGGAUAAGAUCGCUGUUGGAUACCACGGAGAUCCCGUUCAUGCUCUUCUGGAGAUUCUUGACCCUAAACAAAAUACAAACUUCAAUGAUCAUUACAUAGAGGAGGACUUUGACCUGUCGAAGGUUAUGUUUAUAGCCACAGCUAACUACGACGAUAAUAUACCUGAUCCUCUGUGGGAUAGGAUGGAAAUCAUCAAUCUUAGAACAUACACCGAACAGGAGAAGUUGAACAUAGCCAAAAGCCACUUGAUAACUGAUGUUCUAAACAAUUGUGGUUUGACCAAUGACGACCUACAAUUCACGGAUGAAGCACUUAUCUACAUAAUUCAGAGAUAUACUCGAGAAGCUGGAGUUCGGGGACUAAGAAGAAGGAUAGAGAAGAUAGUAAGGAAAGUGGUGACGGACAUGAUUAUGGAAAACAAGGAAGUGAAGCUUAUUGAGAUUCCUCAGGUUAAGGAAUACUUGGAUUACGAACUAUAUGACAUUACUCAGAAGGAGGACGACAACUUGCCGGGAGUGGUUAAUGGAAUGGCCUACACCGAAUUUGGAGGAGAUCUUCUUCCGUUGGAGGUAAAUUAUUUUGCCGGAAAGGGUAACCUAUCCCUAACAGGGAACCUUAGGGACACCAUGAAGGAAUCUGCGGCCGUUGCCCUGGCGUUCGUUAGGGCCAAUGAGGAACAAUUCGGACUGAAGGAAAAAUCAUUAGACUGGAAUAAUAUUGAUGUAAAUCUUCAUGUUCCUGCUGGUGGGGUAUCUAAAGACGGGCCAUCUGCGGGCGUGACCAUAACCACCGCCAUGAUAUCUUCCUUCUCUGGAAAACCUGUAUCCUCUAAAGUUGCCAUGACAGGUGAAAUAACGCUAAGGGGAGGUGUUGGUGCAUCCUCCUACAUGAAGAAGCAAAUAGAGAAUCAGCCGGCCAUAAGUGAACAGCAGAUUAGGGAGUUAUACAGGCAUAUUGGGAAAAAACCAUCCGAGGCGCAGGUGGCCAGAAUUAUGCACAACAUUAAAUCCAAGAAAUAA